AAGAGCGAGGGAGGGAGGCGAGCGGCCAGCCCAGCCCAGCCCAGCCAGCGGAACGAUGGUGCGCCUCUCUCUCCCGGCAGCCUCGGCCCUGCUGGCCGCGCUCCUGCUCGCCUCGUCUGCCGCGGCGGACGCCUCGUCGCCCACAGGAGAAAACCCCGGCGGGACGAAGUGCAGCCUGGCGGGGAUGUGGGUGAACGAGCUGGGCUCCAGGAUGGUCCUCUCGGCCCCCGACGACGGCGGCGCCUUCUCGGGCUCCUAUCUGAGCGCCGUGACCGCCUCCAACGCGGCCAUCACCGAGUCGCCCGUGCUCGGCGUCCAGCACCAGCCCGACCAGAGCGCCCAGCCCACCUUCUCCUUCGUCGUCCUCUGGAGGUUCACCGCCUCCACCGCGGCCUUCGUGGGCCAGUGCUUCGUGGACGAGGAGGGCGCGGAGACGCUGGAGACCCUGUGGCUGCUGCGCCAAGAGGUGCCGGCGCGGGGCCAAGACUGGCAGGCCACCCGGGUCGGCAAGAACGUUUUCACGCGCAUCAAGUGACCGCCGCCGCCGCAGCUCCGCCGGUGCCCCGCCAGCCCCCUCCCCCCCCGCGACAUCUGGCCCAAUAAAGUGCCUUCAGUCUUCCCCC